CCGUGGAAAAAUGAAAAAGUUCCUGCUACUUUUUGUUGCAGAGAUUUAAUACGUUUGCGUUUCGUGAUUUCUGUUAGUAUAUAGCAGUUUUGAGCUGCUGAGAUGAUUGAAAAUGAAAGCAGUGAUGGUCAUGAAGCAGAAGAGUAUGUUGGACUCGCGGAUUUCGUGGCUGAAGGAGAUGAGCAGCUUAGUUUCUCAGUUGGUGAUAAACUGAAGGUCCAUGACAGGAGUUCAGACGUGUGGUGGUGGGCUGAACUGCAAGGUCACUUUGGUUAUGUCCCAUCCAGCUAUUUGCAACAAACAGCUGAGGACGAGGAAGAUGCUUGGCAAGAUGACGAAUACUUUGGCAAUUAUGGGACAUUAAGGCUUCAUCUGGAGAUGCUGUCAGACAAACCCCGCACAGAAACAUACAGGCAGGUGAUCCUGAAUAAUAGCGUCGCCCUGAGGGGAAAGGUGGUCAUGGACUUGGGCUGCGGGACAGGGGUUAUCAGCCUCUUUUGUGCCCGUCUAGCACACCCUGAAGCGGUAUAUGCUGUGGAAGCCAGCUCAAUGGCAGAACACACUAAGGAACUAGUGAGGCAGAAUGGCUGUGAGGGAGUCGUGACAGUGUUUCAGGAGAGAGCCGAGAAUCUCAUUCUGCCUGGGAAAGUGGAUGUUCUGGUGUCAGAGUGGAUGGGCAACUGCCUUCUGUUUGAGUAUAUGGUGGAGUCAGUGUUGCUGGCACGUGAUCGCUGGCUGAAGGAGGGUGGAAUGAUGUGGCCGUCCUCUGCCUGCCUGACUGUCGUUCCUUGCCAGGCCUUUUCUGACUACAGGCACUAAAUGGAGUUCUGGGAGAAACCAUAUGGCCUAGACUUCAGCUACCUACAAUCACUUGCACAGAAGGAGUUUCUCUCCAAGCCUAAAUUUAGCCAUCAUCUCCUGCCUGAGGAUUGUUUGUCCACUCCAGCUGAUGUUAUCACUCUUGAUAUGGUCACGAUACAGGUCUCAGACUUAGAGACACUCAAAGGAGAGUUUAGUUUCACUGUUGAGAAGUCUGGCAUUUUUCAUGGCUUCACUGUCUGGUUCAGUGCACAUUUCCAGAGUUUAGAAGAGGAUGGACCGUCACUGGAGUUGAACACUGGACCAUAUUCAGAGAUUACUCAUUGGAAACAGACUCUUUUUAUGUUGGAUGCACCAGUGACAGUUGAGGAAGGGGACAGUAUUGUGGGAUCCAUACGUCUGCAAAGAAAUCCUAUAUGGAGACGUCACUUGUCAAUCACAUUUUCAUGA